AUGCUCAAUCCUCCGGCAAUCGUGAUCCGGGAAGUCGUAGAAAAGAGGUCGUAUAACGGGGGUCUCCAAACUCGUGUGCCGCCUUCUGUCUACGUCAACCUCUGCUGGGCCAAGGGCCAGUUCCUGGCCUCGGGCGUGCUGCGGGGCAUGCUGCAGUACGACUCGGAGUGUACCAAACAGGUCCAGGCCACGCUCGCGCAGUUGCGCCACACGAUCCAGCUCGAGUCGGGCAUCCAGUCGGAUUCGAGCUACCGCGACUGUUAUGGCCUUUGUCGGGACGUGCGUUUCGUGGAUCGAUCCUGCUUUCCUACUUUGGGGCGCCGCACGCUGUACGCCGGGGGUAUCGCCGCCGCCAGCGCCUCCUUACUGGUGGUCGGUAUCCUCUCGGCCGCUGCGGCCAGGGUUAACGCUUCAAUUCGCACUCACAGCAUCUACUCCAUGACUGUUGGCCCUAUCUGCUACGCCAUCAUUUCCGAGACGUUAGCGGUGCGGCUACGGCCACAGACGGUCGUCAAUGCGCGGAGUCCGUACGCCGUGACGCAGAUCCUUGCCAAUGUGCUGAACCAUUACAUACUCAACCCGAUCGAAUGGAACAGGCAUUGA